AAAUGGGAACUUUGCGCAUAACGAUAAAUAGUUCAAAUCUCCGACUAUGACGUGCCAUAACCUCAAAUUCAACAAUGUCGAGUGGCGAUACGAAAAAUAUUGCUCUAAUAACCGGAAUUACUGGACAGGAUGGAUCAUACUUGGCCGAAUUUUUAUUGGCUAAAGAUUACGAGGUUCACGGAGUCAUUCGAAGGGCCAGCACUUUCAAUACAGGACGCAUUGAGCAUUUAUACGCAGAUCGAUAUAGGCACAAGGGCGGAAGGAUGCAUCUACAUUACGGCGACAUGACAGAUUCGAGUAGCCUUGUAAAAAUCAUCUCUACAAUUAGGCCGACUGAAAUUUAUAAUUUGGCCGCGCAAAGUCACGUCAAGGUAUCGUUCGAGCUAAGCGAAUACACUGCCGAAGUGGACGCUCUCGGCACACUCAGAUUGCUCGACGCAAUACGUACCUGCGGGUUAGAGAAGCAGGUUAAGCUGUAUCAAGCGUCCACUUCGGAGCUGUAUGGGAAAGUUCAGGAAAUACCCCAAAAUGAAACCACCCCCUUUUAUCCUCGGUCGCCUUAUGCCUGUGCCAAACUAUACGCCUACUGGACGGUGAUCAAUUAUCGGGAGGCCUACAAUAUGUUUGCAUGUAAUGGGAUAUUGUUUAAUCACGAGAGUCCAAGACGUGGCGAAACGUUCGUGACUAGGAAGAUCAGUAGGGAGGUGGCUAAGAUUCAUCUGGGCCUUUCUGAUUGUUUUGAAUUGGGUAAUCUUGAUUCAAAACGUGAUUGGGGCCAUGCUGAAGAUUAUGUGCAAGCAAUGUGGUUAAUGUUGCAACAAGAUAAACCAGAUGACUUUGUGAUAGCAUCCGGUGAGUCGCAUAGCGUACGCGAAUUUGUGGAGGAAGCAUUUGGGUGUGUUAAUAAAACAAUCGAAUGGGUUGGUAGUGGGGUGAACGAGGUGGGGGUUGAAUCGGAUACCAAAGUUGUUAGAGUUAAGGUGAAUCCUAAGUAUUUUCGACCGACUGAAGUGGAUCUUCUAUUAGGCGACCCAACCAAAGCGAGGAACAAGUUGGGCUGGGUACCAAAGGUGACAUUUAAGGAUCUAGUGAAAAGCAUGAUGGAGUCCGACAUACAACUUAUGCAAAAGAAUCCUUCCGCUUAGCUAGUUUAAUUCUAAUGACUGCUGCACACAUGACGAUUUUUAUACUUAGUCUUAGGGGAUUUUUAGGCUUGCAGCAAUUGAGCAUAUUCCCCAUUAACUAAGAGCUAAAACAGGAACACACAAGCCUUUUAAAGGGAAUGGUGUGUCCAUUUCUUUUGUAAGACAUGUGACUACUUUCUCAUUUUUCCUUAGCACAAUUUUUUUUUCUGUGAUUAUCACGAAAAUAGUGACAUUCCUUAAGGUUAUUGAUAAGUGUAUUUAAAAGUAGACAACACAUUCUUCAAAUAGUGGCAGGUAAGUAGGUCUGCCACUUCUUCCAGAUGUUUUUAAAUUAGUGCAAUGGCAAACUGCACCUUUAGGUCAAAAAGGGAUAGCAAGAAAUUUUUUAUAAUGCACGUGUGUGGUAACUGAUGGUAUUGCACUGCUUGUGUUCAAUGUAUAACCAUCUAUGUAUUCAAUUAAAUAUUUUUAAAAAUC